UUUCUCGUUCAAUUACAGGUUUUUCGUCAUGGACCACGCACACCUGCCGACACCUAUCCCAAUGAUCCGCAUGUAAAUCAAACAUUCUAUCCCUAUGGAUGGGGACACAUAACAAAUAGUGGCAAACGUGAAUUGUUUAACAUUGGUAGCUGGUUGCGUAAACGUUAUGGUAACUUUUUGGGUAGCCAUUAUUUUCCGGAUCUGAUUCAUGCCCAGGCAACUGGUGUUCCACGUACUCAUAUGAGUUUACAAACGGUAUUGGCUAGUCUCUUUCAACCGAAAAAUACACCCAUGGAAUGGAAUUCGAAAUUUAAUUGGCAACCAGUUCCAGUGUAUUCACAGGAAUUAAAUGAGGAUACGCUAUUAUUGGUCCGCACACCAUGUCCUCGUUAUCAUGAAGCCUUCCAAGAAGUUUUAAGUUCUGCCACAGUUCAAGAAGAAAUUAAACCUCAUGAAUAUUUAUUCAGUGAAUUGACUAAGCUCACGGGAUUAAAUAUAACCGAACCUGAGGAUAUCAAUUCCCUGUAUUUGACCCUGUUAGCUGAGACAGAAUUCGGUUUGGAAUUACCCGAAUGGACUAAACAAUAUUUUCCCGAUAAAUUACAAUAUUUGGCUGAGAAAAGUUACAUUUACAAUGCUUAUACCAGGGAAAUGCAAAAAAUAAAGGCCGGACCUUUUCUGACGAAAAUGUUUAAUGAAAUGAAAGAUAAGUCACACAACGCUCUAAAACCCGAUGGACGCAAAAUGUACAUUUAUAAUGGACAUGAUUCGACUGUGGUUAAUAUUAUGCAAGCAUUGCAAAUUUGGAAGAGACAAUUGCCGCGUUAUUCUUCUAUGACCAUGUUUGAAUUGCACAAAAAUAAGGAAAGCGGAAAAUAUUAUGUUGAGAUUUAUUUCCGUAACAAUCCCAAAGAUUAUCCAUUACCUCUGACAGUACCUGGCUGUGAUUUCCAAUGUCCAUUGGAAAAGUUAAUUGAAUUGAGUGCGGAUGUUUUAAUCGAUAAUGUACGUGAUGCGAAACGCUGCAACUCUAAAAAUGAAGGGUUUACAGAACCUCCACUACGUGGUCCAUAGGCUAAAAGCCAUCAUGAGUCUCAGGAAUUAGAUUAAUUUGCCUAUAAGUACUGUGUUUUUUAUACACUUUUGUUGUUUGU